AUGCUUGUAAUCGGGUUGACUGGAGGCAUCGCCUGCGGGAAAUCAACCGUCUCAGAGAGGCUCGAAAAGAGUUACCACAUACCUAUUAUCGACGCUGACAAAGUUGCGAGAGAAAUAGUGGAGCCUCACCGUGAUGCUUACAAUCGUGUGGUCCACUAUUUUCGUGACAAAGUUCCAGACCUUAUUCUUGAAGACGGCUCUUUGAAUCGGCCUGCACUUGGAAAACAUGUAUUUGCGAACCAUUCCGAUUUAAAAGUCCUGAACGGAAUCACUCAUCCUGCUGUGCGAUUUGAAAUUUUAAGGCAAAUUUUGAUUUCAUAUGUUAAGGGCAAGAAAAUGUGCGUCUUGGACGUUCCUCUACUUUUCGAAAGCGGACUGGACAAGUUUUGCGGGAUCACUGUGACGGUGGUGUGCAAAAAAGAAACCCAAAUUGAAAGAAUACGGUCUCGAAACCCUCAAAUAUCGAUUGAAGAAGCAGAGAAUCGCAUCAAGGCUCAAAUGACCCAAGAAGAAAGAACGCAACGUGCAGAUUAUGUCUUGGAAAAUGAUAGCACUCCAGUGCUUCUUUAUGGGCGAGUCCAGUCUCUAAUUGGUAAAAUCAAACCGUCAUGGAUUCGCACAAUUCUAGAAUAUUUCCCACCCUUUGCCUUUGUGAGCGGUCUCGCCGUUGUAAUGAUUAAACAUCUGCGUUCCAUGUAG